AGUGUUGUUUACUUGGUGAAAGCAGAAUAUUCCAUAGCGUUCUGUCUGUCUGUAACCAUCAAAACAAUACCAAAUUUAAAAUCGGACAUCUUUAAGAAAAUCUUAUUUGAAAGUAACUUUCUUUUAAAAUGAGCCAUUCAAAUUCUAGCAAGGUUGGUGAAAUAUUCACUGCCGCUGGAGCUGCUUUUAGUAAGUUGAGUGAACUUAUUAUGACCCUUCAUCCUGUUGGAGAACCACCAGUUUCCAAUGCUCCAGUAAAAACCCCAGUAAAGAGAAAAAGUACUGAAGAACCAGCUAUACAAAUUAAAAAACAAGUGACAGCUACUGCCACCAUAAAAAAUGUUUCACAAGAUAAAAUAAGGGCUUUGAACGCUGUUAUUUCACAGCCAACAAGUAAAUCUGCUGAUAUAACAUUGAAUAUGCUGAAUGCAUUGGAACCUGAAGUUGAUGUGGAAGGACUGUCUAAUAAGUUGGAUUAUGAUAGUUCAGAUGCUUCAUAAUUGGAGUACCAUUCAAUUUUUAUCUUUGUAUUAUUUACUGUACAUAUUCAUGUUUUUAUAUCCAUUUCAAAUUUUGCAUGAUUUUAAUUCUUUGUUUUAUUAAGUCAGUAUUUGUAAGUGAAUUGAAAACUAAUAAAUAUAUGUUUAUAAUUAUUUGGGUUUCUGUAUAGU